UUAAAUGGAGGAUCGGGAGGAGGAGGAGAAGGCAGAAGAAGAGGUGCAAGGUUCCAGCCUGACGAUGGAGAAAGUGGCGGCGGCUAAGAAGUUUAUAGAGAACCAUUACAGAGCUCAGAUGAAGAACAUUCAAGAGCGGAAGGAGAGACGAUGGAUGUUGGAACGUAAGUUAGCCUCCUCAGAUGUUCCUAAGGAUGAACAAAUCAAUCUUAUCAAAGAUUUAGAGCGGAAAGAAACCGAGUUUAUGCGACUCAAAAGGCACAAGAUUUGCGUGGAUGAUUUUGAGCUUUUAACCAUCAUUGGCAGGGGGGCUUUUGGUGAGGUUCGAUUAUGUCGUGAGAAGAAAUCCGGUGAUAUAUACGCGAUGAAAAAGUUGAAAAAAUCUGAAAUGCUGAUGAGAGGACAGGUGGAACAUGUUAGAGCAGAAAGGAACUUAUUAGCAGAAGUUGCCAGCCAUUGCAUCGUGAAGCUUUAUUACUCAUUCCAGGAUGCUGAGUAUUUGUACUUGAUCAUGGAAUAUCUGCCAGGUGGAGAUAUGAUGACUCUACUUAUGAGGGAAGACACAUUGACUGAAAACGUGGCAAAAUUUUACAUUGCACAAAGUGUUCUUGCAAUUGAAUCUAUCCACAGGCACAACUAUAUUCACAGGGAUAUUAAACCUGACAAUCUUCUUCUGGACAAAAAUGGUCACAUGAAGCUUUCUGAUUUUGGUCUCUGUAAGCCACUGGAUUCUUUAACCCUAUCCGCACUACAUGAAAAUAAAACCAUGGAUGAUGAAAAUUUGGCAGAACCAAUGGAUAUUGACGAUAAUAGGAGUAGUUGGAAGAGUCCCAGUGAACAGCUACACCAUUGGCAAAUGAACCGGAGGAAGUUGGCAUUUUCAACAGUUGGAACACCGGAUUAUAUAGCUCCAGAAGUAUUACUUAAAAAAGGAUAUGGGAUGGAGUGCGACUGGUGGUCCCUCGGUGCUAUUAUGUAUGAGAUGCUCGUAGGUUACCCUCCAUUUUACUCUGAUGAUCCAAUCACCACAUGCAGAAAGAUUGUUCAUUGGAAAAAUCAUUUGAAGUUUCCAGAAGAUGCAAAGUUGACAAAUGAAGCAAAGGACCUCAUUUGUAGGUUGCUUUGUGAUGUUGAGCAUACUGGAUCCACCGAUACCAGGAAAACGUGGCUCAGGACCAUCACGGAAGAUGCUAUUGACUCCCAAAGAUCUCAGCUUUGUCGGGUAUACAUACAAGAACUUCGAUGCUGUCAAAGGACUUCAUGGAUUACAUGAUUCUCAAAAAUUGUCAAUGAAACAGCCUUCAAUUGACGUAUUAAAUGGCACUGCGGGAGACUACACAGCCGAACUAAUAGCGAACGAGGAAGUGCAGAUGGUAGCAGUAUCAGGAGAUCCCAUGCUGCCAUAAUAGAUGUUUACAAUACAUAAAUGGAUAUAUAAGCAAAGGAAACAACAAUGCCUGAAGAGUUUCUAAUCAUGGGAGACCAGCUAAGCAAUGAGCACAUGGUGAAAGGUGAGUAGGGUUUUGUGCAUUAUAUUAUAAUGUAACUUAGAGCAGAGUCAUGAAACUUUGUCCUAGCUGCCCAGGUUGGCAAUGUUGGAACUUUGCCUUCUCUAGUGGCAGUUCUUUUUGGUCAAAGUUUUUUUUUUUUUACAUAUAUAUAUAUAUUUUGCUUUUAUCAAUGGCUUAUUAUAUCAAGGAACUGGAUAGCCAUUACAAAACUAUUAUUACGAUUAUGUGUGAUGAGGUUAUGUGGAAACAAACAUAUAUUUUAGUUGUGAAAUUUUUUAUGUUGUAUAUUAUAUUUUUGGCGGAUAGGUGAAAUGGAGGAUAGAUGAUGAGGUCCACUUUUUAUA